UUAUUUUUUUUAUGUUUUCUUUCUCACUCCUCAUUCUUUACGCAAGUGUUUUAUCAAGAUUUUUUAACCGAUCUCUGUUCUCUUUCGAUCGAAAUUUAUCAUUAUUACAAUCUGCCGGUUUGUUAUUCUUUUCCGUCCCUGAAAAUUUCUUAUUCGAAGCACACGCAUAUCAAACGCAUAGUUUCAUGAGGAGAAAUUUAAUCGGCGUUUUUCUUUCAUCCGUGAUUCCGGAAGAGUUGGAACUGUCUGGCAUCGAGUUAUUUAUGUAAACGUAUAAUUAAUAAGUUCACCUUUAUUUAUUAAACAUACGAAGAAAUUGUGGUUUGUAUUCAAGAAGUGAGUGAAACAGCUGCCUCUUCCAGGGAACUGAUUGAUCAAGUGAAGUACCGUACAAGUUCCAGUGAAUUCGAAAAAUCAGGUGAACUGACUGCCAAUGGAUUGUCAAUAAAUCCAGACAAUCUUCGCGAUAAGGGCUGCAGAGCCAAUUACGAUCGAAAGAUAAUUGAUAUCAGCCUUGUUCAAAUAGUACAAAAAGAAAAGAAGAAGAAAAAAAGAACAAAACAAAAUAAACCUUCUGAAACAAGUAUAAAAUAAAACUUGAGAUAUAAUACAACCAGGAAAAAAUUUGUAGUGCCAAGUGCCUGGGAGAGUGGUGGAAAUAUGGUUUCGUGACGAUAGCUUUCAAUUAGCCUCAAGUCGGUUCUUGUGAACGAUAUUUCAGCUGUCAAAGUUUUUGGAGGAUUGACGAGGAGCAGACGCCCACGACUAAAACACCCAAAAAUUCUGAGUGACACUUGGAACAUUACAGAAAAUGUCCAAACGACAAUGGCUGGUUCUGCUCAUGUUGUUCUUGAUUUAUUUGCUCCUGGGGGCUUUCAUAUUUUAUCACAUUGAGCGCCCAUUGGAGGUUGAACAGGUUACAGAAGCCAGGAGGAGUCGCAUUCAGAUCAACGCUCUUCUCCACGAGCACUACAUAGCGAACGAUGAACACGAUCAAAAUGAAAUUUUCGAGAAACUCACCGCCUACUGUGGGAAGCCAGUUUCGAACUACUCGGAGGGUGAAGUCGAUCAGUAUAAAUGGGACUUUUACAACAGUUUUUACUUUGCAUACACGGUCGUCAGUACUAUUGGGUACGGAAAUCUGGCGCCAACGAAUAUGCUGGGAAGAAUUUUGAUGAUUUUUUAUGCCCUUAUCGGCAUUCCAAUAAAUGGUAUUCUGCUAACUCAACUCGGCGAUUACUUUGGUAACGUGUUUAUUCGAGCGCACCAGAAGUACAAAUCGUAUAAAAAUGGGCCUUCCGAUUCCCAGAAAAGACGAAUUCCUCUGGAAACAGGACGAGCUGGUUUAUUGGCUCAGAUUCUAAUGUAUCUGGUACCGGGAUUCGUCAUGUUCAUAUUCUUCCCAUCAUUUUUGUUUUCGUACUGGGAGGGUUGGAAAUACGACGAAUCGGUCUACUAUGCUUUUGUGACCCUUAGCACCAUUGGUUUUGGCGAUUACGUUGCAGGACAGGACAACACCAAGGGAAGUGGUAUUUUCUGGAUCUUGUAUAAGGCCUUUCUUAUAAUUUGGAUAUCCUUUGGAUUGGGAUACUUGGUUAUGAUUAUGAGCUUCAUCUCACGAGGUAUGCGAAGCAAGAGGAUAACCAGGAUAGAGCAUAAACUAGCUAUGAACUUAAAACAUACACAGAGCAAAAUUUGGAACGAGGUCAAUAAAGAUGUCAAUUACUUAAGGAGAGUCUUUAAUGAGAUCUACAUGAUGAAGCUGAAGCCCGUGUAUCGAGAUGAGUACCACAGUGAACUUCCGGCGUACAAAUUUGCUCGAAGUCACAGUUUUCCGGAUCUUCGCGAACUGGUGUAUGGUGGCCGAGAAGUACAUGUUCCAGUUCAUCCAAGACGACGUGCCAACAGUGAAGCUGCGCAAACUAUUCAAUAUGAGGCGGUAAAUCGCGUAUUGUCAGAAAGUGACCUCGAGAGGAUAGACAAGAACGCGACGUUUGCUUCUCAUGCGAUGGUUCAGCCCGCUGAACUGCUAGCUCGUCUUGUGACUGCCUUGGGCUCCAUUCCAGCUCCUCCAGAACAAUUCGACGUAUCCGAUGAAGAGAACAACCAGCCAGAGCUGCAGGGUGUCGAUGGUUUUAGCGACAAGGAAAUUUUGGCAACCGAAAAAUCUUGGGCAGGUUCCGGGUGGAGAAUUGGCGGUGAAAAAGUGACACCAUCUCAACCUCGGAUGAGAGCAGCGAGUGAGAUCAGGCUACAGAAGGACGAUAACGGUUUUGGUGAUCAUGAGCAAAACACCGAAUGGACCUGGUCCGGACCAGCGGCGUCGAGUAAAAUUCAGGAACUCAUGAAAGCGCGGCAAAAAAGCGGAAAUUCUACUCCUGUGAAGGGUUCCAAGUCGCGUCUACCUUCCUUCUCUCUGUCGUCGGUGCCAAAGACCAUGCGUCCUAGGUGGUUCAAUCCAUUCUCGAGCAAAAAGAACUCCGGCGAAGUGUCACGCCGGGAGUCCUUCCCAGGUUCCGAUAUGGCCGACCAGCUGAAAGAGAAUUACCUUUCCCACACUGGGGAUACGCGUCCUGUGGCAGAACCAGAGCGUAGACAGUCCACUGCUCCCCAUUAUUUCACACACACCGGUGGAAACAUGUCGGACACUCCAGAAGGGAAUUUGCUCGAGGAAACGUCUUUGGCUGAUUUCUUGCGUGCCUUAACUGCUUUGCACUCACGAGUGGGUGCCGUUCCAGACGAUUUUGUGACCAGACCUCAGCGAAAAUUAGGCACUGCAAGUCUGACUCCACCAAAGCUUCCCAGUCUUUUAGCCCUCUUCUCACCUCCUCCACAUUUGUUACCGCAGAGCCAAAGUACGCAGAGUACAGUUACAGCGGGUCAAAUGGCUGCAAGGAGGUUUUCCGUAAGACCUGUUGAUGAUUCUAUCAUGUCGACGCCCGGCCUUCAUCGGAAAGCUAGCUUCAUACCCGGUGCUGGAUCCCGACGGUUUUCUCUAAGACCUGAAGAAAGCACAGUUACGUCGACGCAAAGCUACGGACGCAAAGGUAGCAUGAUACGCGGGUCGGUGCCCAGAAGAUUUUCUUUGAAAUCAGACUUCACAAAUGCAAGGACUUCGCCACACAAUACGCCACCUUAUACUCCGGACCUUGUUCCACUCCAUAUACGAGAGCGACAAAAUCCUCCGCCAUACUCGGCCGAUCCGUUCAUAUUCGAAUGUCCAAAGGAACCCUUGGUUCCAGCAGAAGUCGGCCCAGCACAGGAUGGUAUCUCGAUACCUACUCGUGCCAAACCAGUGCCUCGUCGCUUUUCUCUUCGCCCAGCGCAAAUUGGAGUUCCGCCAGUUCCUGCCUCGCCCAAAACAUCCCAAGUGGGCAGACCGAUACCAAGAUGGAAGGGUGGAAUGCUACAACGACAAAUCAGCGAGCUGAACCUUCAGCGACGUGAGAGAGCAUUUAGUUUGGGAGACGUUCAUUCUGUCAGAAAUGACCGGACCGUUGGUCAGCCGAGUCCAUUGGCCCUGCCUAAUACGAAUUUGAACGCACCAAGCCUGACUUCAAGUCGCUCAUCGCUGACGGAAAACGUCGACAAGACAAACUCACAAGCGCUAGGUAAAGCAGUGAACACUCUGGUAUCCAGCGUAUUUCCAGCAAGAACAUCUCGUUAUGCUAGACAGAGUAGUGCAGGAUUUACCGAUCACUUAUCAAGCGGACAGAGCUCGAAAAUCGAUAAAACAGAAAUGCCUUCGCGAUCUCUACAGCCUGCGCAAGCGUUGCAUGGGAUUGGAACUGCAAGACAAGAACAGGGUACUUUGAAACCUUCUGGAGUAGAUUCAGCGCGUUUGAACGCAAGUGUACAAAGAGUAUCGCCAGAUGUUAACACGGCACACUUAGCGUCGCAGGUUUCUAAUCCGUUCAAUCCGUACUGCAGUGUAGAACAAUCGUCGAAAGCGCCAAGAGGAGCUGGGCAAAUCUCGACGGCCAUUAAAAUGGAUGAUCCAAAAAUGAGCGUCAAGUCUUCUGCCACCGAUCUCUACCGUCCUUUGGAAUUACAUUCAGUUUUGAUUGACCAACCGUCAAACAAAUCGCAUAAACCGUCAGCAGAACAGUCUAUGUUCAACCGGGAUUCACUGACCGAAGUCAAAGUCGAUUCUCCCUUGACUGCGGCGAUGAUGGCUGGUAACAGUCACAGAUUACCCGCAAGUGAAUCGAUACCGGAUUACGAUAUGCAUGCAGCGAGAAAGAUAUCUGUUAUUUCGGAAAAAAGUACCGCAUCAGCGGACGCCUCAAGUGAUGUUGAAAAAUCUGCCAGCAGAAAGACUUCAACGAUGUCUCAACGAAGCCUUAAUUCUGCUUCGCUGUCUGAAAGCAGAAAGAAUUCGACGUCCAAAUCAGCCGCGUCAAAUAAGCCGAGGAUUUCAAUAGAGUCUUACAAACCGUUAGUCGAGUUAACGAUUGAAAAACCGGCGACGAACCCCUUCGAACAGUACCAAGCAACGGUGAAGUGCACGAUGGAAAGACCGCGAGAUAGAACUCUUGAUUCCAGCACACCAUCGACGAGCGUAGAAGAUAGUCAUAGACAUUCCCCCUCCCUUUCAGCGUCUGAGAAAUUAGAAUCCCCGCAAUCUUCGGUAAAUAGUAAAAAUACCUAGAAGCGAUUUGCUGGUCCACUGAUUUUGAAGGAACUUUUUAACUCUUCGAUCUAAAAUACCUUAAUUUCAUGUAACUGAAGAACUGGGUAAAAGUAUGGAGGGUGUGUUAGAUGAAAUAUAUGUACUGUGAAAUGGGACUAAUUCGAAGGCAGUUUUAAGACUUUCAUAAUUUCUCAAAGGUAAACAAUAAGAAGUGCCAGAAGUGUUCAUUGUCAUAUCGGGUUAUUUCGUCGAGAUGUUCCAUGUGCUAUUAAUAAAGGGUAUACCUAUUAUACCAUUAUAUAUUAUUUACUGUACAUGAGUGGAUUCACGCCAGCUACCUCUUAAGACUGUGUACAGUGCGUGAGGUUGAUCCGAGAUACAGAACUUCUUGUUUGCGUAAGAGCUUAGGAAAAUGAGUUUACGUUCAUUUUCACGUGAUUCUAAGGGAACGAAAGGGGCAAACACGUAAUUAGAAAAUUAAAAGUGCAUUGUACAAUAAGGAAGGCAUGUUGUAGUUUUCAUUCAGCUUUUCACAUCUCAUUUGUUCGGCCGAAAAAAAUAUACGCAUAUACCUAUGUGUACACUGUAUCUAUUUGUAGCUUUUGCCAAACUUCAGUCCUUAGAUUGGACUUAUUCUGUCACUAGAAGUAAGGAAUAUCAAAUAAGUAAUCAGCACAUCAAAGUAAAAAAAAUGAGGCCACUUGUAUUGGGAAUUGCCUUUGGCAAAACGCUGUGACAUUGAAACCGAAAUGAGGGUGCCUCUUUGAACAUCAUAGAUUCAGCAAUAUUCAUAGUAGACUUUAAAAAAUCUCAAGUCACAUAGUUUUUUUUCACCGUCAAUAUUAUAGUUUCUUAUUGAGAUUGCGGCCACAAUAUGAGAUGAAAAGGUACAAGAGUGAUAAUAAUUCAUUAGAAAAAAUAUAUUAUUUAUUUGUCAGACAAGGAUGCGGCAGGAUCGAUUCCACUAUUAUUUUAUAAGUAGAUACUAUAGUAAA